AUGAAGAAGGAAAGGAGAGAAAGCACUUUUCCUACGAAGCAACUUUCGAGGCAGUUCAUGAUGGAUUCGCUUAAAGCUUUCCUUGUCGUGCACUGUUUUCCUUCACAUAUGUUCUGUUGCUGUAUGUCUCAAUCAAUGAAAUUUUCACAUGGUCGACUAGUCAAACACUUGCGGAAAGGUAUUGAAGGAGUGAACAGUAAGGGGGAAGAUUACGAAAGCAUAAGACGACAAUACACGGGUGUGCAAAUAAUUCCUUAUCAAGAGGCUUGGCCUUAUACGAACGACACUUUUUUGCACUUUUCCUUUCCACCAUUUGCUUUUGCAAUUCAAUCUUUAAGUAGUUUCUCAAAGAAUAUCAAUGAGGCAAAUAUUUUCUUCCCAAUUAUUACUUUUACCUGUUCGCGAUUGCCAGCGAUUCCGAAUCAUUAUGCUAUUGCUAUGGCUUCAUCUACGCAGCUGAGCUCUGCUUCGAACAGUGAAUUCAAUAAAGUGUAG